GUUCGAUGCAAAAUGAUGAAGAAAAACGUUCAUUUUUCAUCUCCGGCUACUGAUUUUUUGUGAAUUGACAUAUUAGAAGUUCCUCGAUUGGCAUAGUUUUCUAUUCAACAGUUUUUUAAACGAAAAUUUUGCUAUAAUUUCAACCUGUGUAAUGAGCAUAUGUAUAUUUAACCUUGAAAAUUGAAAUGUGAACAUGCUGUUCACCUCGUUUUUCGCCUCGUGUUUCUCGUUGUACAGUUGCUGUGUUAUCAGCGAGUCUUGCCAUUUGUAAUCAGCCAUGUUGAAUCAUUCCUAAAAGUAGUGUCUGAUUGCACAGCCGGCAGAGUCAAUUAGUGUUACUAAUUGAAAAUUAAUGAGAAAUUGACAAAUAUGCCAACAAUCAUUAACAUUAUCAGAGAUGCAGACAUUCAAAGACACUGUGGCAUGGAAAUGCCUCUAUUUGUAAAGUAGUCGUCCCAUAUUCGAUUGCUUCGAAUUCCGGAACAACUGCUGACCCUUGCCAGCUGCAAGAUCGAGUUUCCAUCUCGAAUUGAUCGGGAAACCCUGUCGACUACCCCGGCCAAGCCAAGGUCCUAUAGUAGCAUGGAGAGAUAGAAAGUACCAGGAGUCGCAUGUCGUGCUUUUCGCCGUAACUUUCCUUUUGAAAUCCGCUGUCAAACGGGCAGUAGAGGCGCAUGAGCGGAAGAUUGCAAGGACGUGAUGCUGUAAGCCCUCCUCCUCCAGGAGCCGUGUUGUGGUUCGGGAGACGUGAAGGGAUCCUGCUCCAUCCAAGUCGCACGAGACACCUUCUCUCACUGUCUGUGUCACUCUUCCCAUCUGAUGGAUUAACUCAGUUUCGACGAUAUUCGUCUGGCUUCCCGACGACGACGAACUAGGCCAUGGAUUCCGGCACCAAACAGAAGAAGAAGAAUGCAACUGAUCAGCCGGUCUCCGAGGAUAUCGUCCCUCUGCACAUUCAGACCUUCCUCUGGAGACAGACGAGUUCCUUUCUUCGCCCGAAAAUCGGAAAAAUGCAUGAAGCCAGCUGCAUUUUCUGCCAACAGGCGCCAGGCCAUCAUGAGAUGAAAGAGGCGUGCAAGUCGCUGGAGAAGAUUCUCGUACAAAACAUCCGAGUGGGUCUGUCGCCUAAUUUCACCGAAGCCAUUCGAUCCAUUUCCAGAUGGAAGUUUGUCCAGUCUUCCCUUCCUCAUGUGAUGCUCUGCACCGCCCAGCUCAUCGAACGGAAAGAGACUAAUAAUCUUCAGAAUGUGGGCACAGCAGCCAGCAAACUUCUCUACACGCUACAUUGGACUCUAUUGGAUGCGGCGGAAGAGUGCGCCGAUGCGGAUCGUGAAGCCGGCAUCGCACCGCGGGAGCCAUUUCCCUACAUCUUCCCACUUACGUGCAUCCAGGAAUUUGUUUACCUGUUUGCUCCGUUACGUCACCUGUUGAAAGAAGCCGAUUUACAAAACUUCCGCCUGGAGAAUGGACUUAAGAUAUGGCCAGCCCUUUGGGAUUACCGCCAUCCCAACGCUCAGUGCUUUACGGCACCCGUCAGGCCCAAAAAGAGCACCACAAUUCGUAAGAAGGCCAACAAUGCAGCAACGGGCAGCGUUGGUCCAGCGGCGGCCUUAUCGGUGUCUAAUCCUCCUACGAUACCAACCGCAGCAGUCGUAACACCAGUUUCUGGCGCACCACUAACACCCAGGGAGACGGUGACGUUCAAUGACGUGUUCAUCGGAUCGAUCGAUCGUGACAACGACAUUGGGGAUGCGCGUUCUCUCUUAGAGCUCGAUACUGGAAGACUACCGAAAGAUAACGAGUUCCCGGAAACUAUUCCGGAAGAGACAUCGAGCACGGAAGAAGAACACGUGGUGAUUUUUCGAUUGCCUUCAGCGCCCGAUUCGGACGGCAUUCGAGACUCUUCCAUUUAUCAGGCAGAAUCGAGCAUCAUCCAUCCCAGGAGCUACCUCACAGCUGAUUACAAUGGCGACAAUGGUUCCCGCCUGCCCACCACUCCUGAUCCCUCUUCAAGCAAAAGAUUACUGAACGUGGCGCAGGAAUCGUGGUUCCAAAAUGACACGAUCGAUCCUCAAUAUCCUCACAGGAGGUCUUCCGUCUUGGACGACAUUACGGCCGCUACUUUUCUCGACGUGGCCGUUGUCCGUUGCCUUUUCAUUCCUAGAUGGUGCGAGGAAGGCGUUCACUGGGCCCUUCAGUUCCUUUUCUACAGAUUGCAGGAAAUCAGCGAAGAAAUGCGUUCCAGGUGCCCCCAGCGAAAGCGAAGCAGUUCACUUCCCGUCCCUAAAAUAGAGGUUUCCCUCUGCUCUUCCAGUUACGACAGUAAAACCAAAGAGACACCUCUCAAUGCGAAAUCGGCAGACAGUUUCGAUCAAAGCCGGCAAUAUUCAGGAUCGUCUCCACCGGAGCAAACAGAGCGCAAGGAACAGGAAAUCAACAGCGGGCAAGGCAACCACAUGGCGAACACGGGUACGGGUGGAACGAAACGACGCAAAAUGGCGGAUUUGAAAGCGUUUGUCGAGACACGGCUUCUGUCACGUUCUCACGACAAGAUGUUGGAGAAAAUCGAUUUCAAGAACUCUUCCACCGCCCAUAAUAAUAGAAGGCAGCAGCUUCUAUCCGCUCCGGAGACCCGUGAGGAGGAAAAGUAUCCGCCGAGUGGCAAGAGGAUCCUUGAAAAAGAGAAUGCCAUUCCACCACGUCCGUUGUCUGCUCUGGCCAGCGUCAGGGACGAUAAUGAUUACGCCAGGCGUUCUUACUUGAUGCAGGAACCUACCCCACUGGUCAAAGGCAAGAGCAUGCCCAGUCUCAGUUGUCUUAUUGAUGAACUUGCGGCUUCUGGAUACUUGGGAUGCUCUACCAGUGACCACAAUCUCCCCUUCAAGAAAAAAGACACCAAAGUAUCAGCCGUCAGCAAGACAAAUCCACCGCCGACGUCGCAUCCAGUUAUCACCGUCACUGAUGCGAAUUCAUCGACUCCCGGUGGAGUUAAAGUGCAUCAUUAUGGAACAGACGUGGAGGGAAGAGCGUCAGCUCCGACGAGCCCCUUGAACCGCUCGAGUACCGAUUCCAACAUUGUCUAUCCCUUUGAAGACUUGCCGGAAGCCUCUGGGGCUUCUCACUUUGUCAACAAAGAUGGAGGAUUCGAUUUGCACGUCAUCUUGGAAGCCAUUCACUCGGUUACAUCACGAGCCGACGUCUGUUCUGUCCGCGUGUGCGAGACAUCGCUCAGCGUCCUGGAACUUCUUCUAGAUCUUGGGGUGGUCACCACUCCUGUCACAUCGCCGAACAUUUCCGGCGGCAAUAAAGAUGGCCACCAGCAGCAGGCCAGUGGGCUGUUGGGCCAAGUCGAUCAGGAAGAACUUUCACGCCAUUCUCACGGUGUUUGUGUAGACAUUGUUGCCAGGGUGUUCCAGCACGUCGGCUGCCCGCAUGGUUGCGGCGAUUCUCGACGUGAUCCGUCUUCCGAUUUCAUUCGUUCUCAAGGCCUUCUCUUAAUGGCCCAAUUGCACCGCAUAUCCGGCAAAUACUUUCGAUCCUUCCUUCGUCAAACGCUCAUCUGCCGCUACACCCUUGUCGAGGUCAUCGACUUUCUUCAUGCCCUCGUCGGUUUCUGCGUUGAUCCUGGCUUCGUCCUCUCGCCAAUCAGUCAAAAGAGAAAUUCGCGACUAGGCGGAGAUUCCGGGCAAGCUGGAAUGAGUUAUGUUCCAAAUUUCAGCUCUCCCCGGACUAUUGAAGGCCACGUUAUUAACUGCAUCUUCAAACCAUUCGUCACUCGACUCACAGCGUCGUUAAAAUUUCUGAAAUCAUCGGAGAAUGUCGCGUUAUACUGCGAUGUUCGUCAAUUGCUCGCCUAUAUCAAAGACGUCCAUGGUGGAAUCUUCCGGCGGGUGCUUCUCAGUGGGCUGCUGGAUUCAGCCGCACGACCGCAGCAACCGCAAGACACUCCACCUGAAAACAGUGGCUUUUACAAGGAAUGCCUGCAGCCGGCUGGAGACGAUUGUGUAGCUCCUCCAGCUACUUUCUUCGUUGUUGACGAAACAUCGGAAAAGAGCCGGAAGGGGAAAAAGAAUACAAGUGAAAUGGAUGGCUGGAAUGAAGAUGGGAAUCUGAUACGGAAAGGCUCUGUAGUUCACGCUCUGGCUUUGUCAGCGCAACGUUUCCGAGAGAAAGAAGCUAAAGUUAAACAGCGGUUCCCUGCAAUGGGCAACCGCAGCAGCCGGAAGAGUUCCCAGAAAUUAGGAAUAGUUGGAUGGAUGCGCAAAGACCGCCGGUGCCAGGGGCCAAACACCCAAGGCACCGCAGACGAGCCGCUGGAUGUCGCCCAGGCCGUAGCACCUUCUUUGUUGAAAUUACAGCAAAGAGGAACAGGCAGCAAUAAUGUGGGCGUCACCUUGCAAAAGGCCCGACGGCGAGUGGAGCAUCAUUUAACGCGCAUCGGAUUUGGAAAGAGCCGAAGGCAAAUCAUCAGCCGUGAAGCAACUCCAGAUCCAAGUAGGCGAAACUCCCCUGAAAUGGAUGGAAAUGGAAGAGAAAUGUUUAUGGUCAUUCCCAGAGAGAGAAAAAUGGUCUCUGGACCGGCGAUUUACGACGGAAUGCUUCGAUUGAAUUUCCUCUUGGAAGCUUGUCAACCAGGCACCAUCCCGGAUGCCAACCUCAUUGCUGCCGUUCUUGAUUUACCACAAUCUCCAGUGAUAGCUCGGGCGGCAUUUUUGCUGGAAUGCGCUCAUUUUGUCCAUCGAUGUAACCGAGGACAAUGGCCGUCUUGGAUGAAGUUGAAUUUGCCUUUCUACAGACCUUCAGGGCCCUUGUCUAAUCGUGGAACUCCAUCCGGACAGAGACGAACUCACAUUCUUCAGCGGUUGGGUGGUCGAAUGUUUUUCACCUGGGCGGAGGCUAUUGGAGUCCGGUUAGAAGAGAUUUUGAUUGAUGAUGCACUUUGUUGUGAAGACUAUGACGCCCAAGCGCUCGAUGAGCAACGGCAACGUAUUCUUAUGGAUGAGGACGAAAAUGAAGACUUUCUCGUUGAAGCGAGUGUCAAUCCUUCCGGACGUGAUUUCCCUUGGCCUCUACGGUUGGCCGCCUGUAUGCUGCUCUUUGAAAUUACCGCUUUUCUUCGCGACUCGUAUCGCCGUCUUCCUCGUUCUACCCGCGUUUCUCUCCGGAGCAACGAGGCCAAUAAAUCGGGCGGUGGAAACAACACGGGUGGGAGUCUCAAUGUCGCUUCCGGGUCUUUUAACGAGCAACAACGUGGGGGUAACCCGUCUGGCGGAGUCCCGUCGAGUGGAAUAGUUGUCUCUAGUGGCGAAUCUAUCGUUCAUCACUCGGUGGGUGGAGGUGUGGGAGGGGGAUCGGGUUCCAUAGCUUUGGCCACUUCUGUUGCGACUCCAGCAAGUAAUACUGCCGGUGGAAGGCGAUGGAGUAUGGCACUUUCUUCCAUGGGGCAAUCUCAGAACUCGGCACAAAGUCUUCAAUCCAUUACCGGAGACGGGCAUUCCAUUGGUGGAGUUCCAGGGGAGCGUAAAAUAAGUUUUGUACUUCACGAACCUGAUGAUGAAUCGCUGGACAGUAGCAAUACAACCCUCACAUUUCAGGGUGACGACGCGUUGGAAGAAAAGCGCAAUCGACGUCUUGCGCAAGGUCGACCCUAUCUGCUUCGCAGAAGCACCAUGAGCAAUACGGGGUCGUUCAAGCGCAGGAGUUUAAAAUUGAGACGAAGUCACAGGGAGUCUACCCGCCGUGGUGGUGAUCAGUCCGACGCCGAAUCCAUCAAACGCUCCGAUUCGAUGCGAUCCAAGCGCAAAGUGUCAUCAAUAUCGGAUCGCAGUGAUAUAUCCGACGUGCACAUGGAUCACGAUAUCUCUGGGGAAGAGAGUCCCGGCAUCCUUAGUGAUGAUGGCCAGCACGAAAGCCCGAGCGACGGUGCAGCGGACAUCGAAGAGGGGAUUUCUACUCGUGGAAUGCCUUGGCUUAGAUCGGUUUUACUGCUGUCCAAUUCAUUCAACUAUCAAUGCACUCAUCAACACGUCUGCCAUCCUCGUUGCUUCCGGCGGCAAAGUCGAGCCUGUUCCAGGAUGCUGAGCAGCGUUCGCAGGAUCUAUGGCGAUGAGCCACAGCACCAGGAAGUCGUGGAAUUUCUUAGUUUCAGUAAGAAACCUCGCCAUCACAAGGACCACGACAAGAAAGAAAAGAUCAACGCCAAAGGAGCUCAAAGUAGACCGGGAUCACCUCUUCGACGUAGGGAAAGCGUUGCCAAUAAAAAAGAAAGGUCUACCAAUGACUUGCUAUCAAAGGCGAGCUCUUGCCACAGUUCAUCAGCGGCUCUGUCACGUGACCUAAUCGAACAUGACCAAUGGGAUCGAAGUAAAGUCAUGGGAUUGCAGUCCAAACAUUUCCCCAACGAAAGCGAUGCCGAAGAACAUAAAACAAAGAAACGGGAAGAUCAUCCCAUGGUGAAAUACAUCAAAUUCCAGGUGAUGGACCUCUUUCAAGCUCCCUUAUUGGUUCUCGUCAAAAGUGCCACCGUCAUGAACGACGAAGCCUUUCUCGAUAUCAUCCCGAUAGCUUGGGAGCUGUUACUUGAUGUCCAAAAGGAAACAGUGGCCGCCGCGGCUGCCAUGUUUAUUUUGUCAGCCGUCCGCUGCCCAGAACCUGUUACGCUUCUUCUCAACGGUAGUCUUAGACAUCCGGAUGCCAUUGAACGUUUCAAAGCGCUCCUGAAAUUUCAAGUGUUAUGGCGGUCGAGGUAUCAAGUCUGGCCUCGAAUGGAAGAAGGUGCUGCCCACAGCUUUAAGGUGCCACCGCAUGCUAUAGAGUUUACCCUUCCAUCGCCCAGGAUUGGUGUGGAAUCGCUGCAAGUGGUCGAUCCUCCUUGGAUGCCACACGUACGUACAAGAGUUCAAGAAGUAACGCUCAACCAGGACACGCAUCGGUCGGUCGUGACGGCUACCAAGACACGUAAGAAGCAGCAAACUGAAUUGGUCGAAUCAGCUCUCAAGGCGGAAGAAGACAGAAAGUGUAGUGAAAGAGAAAACUUUUGCAUCAGCGCCGUCCCUGUCACAAUCCAGGCAUCGUACGAACCAGCACUUCAUCAUUCAGGAGCGGAUGAUCAUGACGACGCUGAUGACGAGACUCAGCAGCAAAAUCGAACUUCGGCCCAGCCAUUACAAACAGCCCAAGUUCUCUUUCCAUCAUGCCUGUGUUCCGCCAUCGUCCCCAUAGUUGACCUCUUGGAUGAUUCGAUUCUAACGCCAGAUGGCGUGGCCGUCUGCGAUUUGGCCAACCAGGUGCUGCAUUCAUGUUUGGUGGAAGACACUGCCCUCUUUUUGCGCCACGUUCUCGAGAAAUUGACUCGCGAAAAGCAAGACGAUAUGUUUGCCAUUUUACGCCGUCUCUUGCGCUUUGUGGCUUAUCUGCCCCAACAGACUGCCUUUACUAUCCACAAUUAUCUCAUUGGUUACAUCAUGUUUUAUGUUCGAACUCCAAUGGAAGGUAGUCAAGAUCUGGUCGGCAAUGCUCUUUCGUUGUUAUCUAUGGUGGCACCAAGCGUUCAGGGUUUGUUGUUUAAGGAUUUGAAGCAAAUUUUGCGCAAGGAACAAUGUGAUGCUUCUAUCCUGAUCACCGCCAACGUUCCUUCAGCCAAAAAGAUUGUAGUGCACGGACCAAAUGAAUCUGAUUCCGGUGCUAUUCCGUCCCAGUUCCCUAUCCAGGAGGACACUCAGUUCUCGCAGAUAUUGCAAGAAUCGCUCGAUUUCUUUUCAAUCGACGAGCACAGGCAACGAGAAUUUUUUCUCGUUGACUACCGUACCAAUCAGAUCCAUAAUCCUUCAGCCUACGUUCGGGACUAUUACUUUUUCAAGCGAUCGCAGUAUCCACAGCUCAACUUGGUGCACAUGGAUCCCGUCAGAGCUCACGACGCUCUGCAGAAACAAGCCUUCACUGAAAAGAUGGUGGAAUUGGGCAAAGUGCAAUUUGUCACUUCGGUCCUUAAAAGCUCCAAUCAGAUUGUUGCCCGUGUUCUGUUUCUUCACGAGGAGCUGAUGAAAUUGCCUUCGUUUCCCCGGAAAGCCCUCGAAGCCGAUCUGAGCCUAUACAGCAACGGAUGUAUGGGCAAGGAAUUGAGUGCCCUGGAUUUCAUGCACAAGCUAAGCUGGGUGAAACUCAUUCGACAAAUGUUUGAAGCCAUGGUGGGUAACUUUGCCUACUCGGGUGACAUCCACCUUUUCAUCAACGUGAUAAACGGAGCGUUGGUCCUCUAUUGUGAAGACGCUGUAAUGCUCCGUUUCUGUAUGGCCACCUACAUUAAUGCAGGUCAUCAGUUCCGCAACGUGUUCGCUUUGAACGGGUAUUCCCUGAUUAUACCGACCAUUUUGCGCAUCUAUUCCAACUAUCAAAGCAAUCCGCUUGUAGCGCGAACGGUCGAGUUCACGACGCAGCAAUUUUACAUUAUGCACAGGAAGCCGUUCAUGUUGCAACUGUUUGGAAGCGUGGCGCCUUUGCUCGACACGGACGCCAAUGCCGUUUACGGCGAUGCCAGCAAAGUUCGAGUGCAGAGCCUGUUCCGCCUCUUGCUGUCGCUGGAGCGCGUCGGCGUUGAUCCGCUUCACUUACUGGACUUAGUCGCCGCUGAGAAACCUUUAAAAGCUCUUGAUUUUUGUUAUCAUGGAGAAUCGGAUACCAUCAACAUCCUCGACUCUAUUGCUAUCGCCGUCAUGGGCGCUUCCUACGCCAUCGAUACUCAUAGAGGCCACCAACUAUUGAUGAUAUUGGAAGCUAUCGUUCCAGCCUAUUUGAAACAUUUGCAAACGAGCGCAGGACGUAAAGAUCCCCGUACGGAAAAAGAUAUUCUUCAUCAACUUGGAGUGGCGAUGAAAACGCUCAUCUCCAAUGCGGAAGCAUUGACAAAAAACUAUUCUGGACCGCAGCGAACCUUUGAAAAAUCGCCCAGUCAAAAGCCGCCAAUGUCCAACAGAUCGGCAACGCUGGCCACCACUAUUGAAAUUGACGAAGAUUCUCAUUCGAGAUUCUUGGGUGACCAUUUCCGAAGUUCUUCCGUACCGGAUCGAGGAAUCAAUUCAAACAAAGACGAUUCCGAGGCUCAAUGGCAGGCCUUUCGCAUGCCUCGGGCAACACUAUUAUCACUCGUCUCCGACUAUUACGUCAUGUGCAGUGCCCGUCUGACGGAAUUAAAUAGGAAACAAGGCCAAGACAAGACCAAUGAGCCGCUAGAUGUGAAAUGCAACACGCGUUUAGCUGACAUCGCCCACGCUCUUCUCAAAGUGUCUUCAUACGAUGCCACUACGAUGGCCUGCCGGGGUCUUCAGCAGUAUAUGACUGUUUUGAUGCCGAAUGGCGAUUGGUCGCAGGAGCCCAUGAAGCAAGUGCUCAACACGUUAUUCCGCCGGCUGGACAAGAUAUUUUCUAAAAUCUACAAAAUACCAUCGAUGAGGAAAAACUUGGACUGGGAGGCAGCCGCUUGUCUGCUCAAAGGCGUGUACCUGACUUUAAGAAAAUCACCUUUCAUCGUUCAUGCCACGCCCUUGCGUUCCUUAAUAACCACUUGUCAGUCUCUCAUUUUGGGUGACCUUUCGGCUAGCAUGUCAGCUGUUGAUGGCGGCUCCCCAAUUCAUUCUCGUAGUGGUGGUGGAGGAGCCACCCGGCGUUCCUCAUUAGCCCCACCGCCUGCCUUUUCUUCCAUCGUUGUCCAACUGGUUGCCAUGCAGAUCUUGGCCCUGGGGCUGUUCAGCCACAUUUCAUUGGAAACGUACUCACUGGAACAGGCGUGCGGUGGAAAUUUUGUCUUCCCCACAGCAGAACGGACCGAGUCCAUCUUGCUCAAUUUGCUUUUACCAUUAUGUUUGAGAGUUGGAUCCGGACGUAAAGAUGCACCUCGAGUUCGCCAGUCAGACAUUAGUUUCGCAUUGACGGUCGUCCUACACGCUCUAAGCCCACCUUCGACGCAACACGCACGAAUGGUAGCCACAAAGAACAUCAGUUCAUCCGGCGCUGCAACGGCCGGUAGCGGCGGGGGUAGUGGAGGAGGUACCGGUGUUGGUAGUGGUGAUGGAUCACGAGGUGGAUCGCUCAGUGUGCACAGCGGAGGAGGAACACAUCCGCAACAACAACGUUGCAGCAGCAACCGCGCGACGCUCCUCCAAGUGGCUUUUCUCGGCAUGAAGGUCUUGAUGACUUGCUUCAAUCAUCAGCUGUCGCUGGAUUGGCCGAGGGUUGCCCGUUGCAUCCGCGAAAUAGGCGAUCGUCGAGGCGACGGAGGAUCGGCGUUUUGGAAUUUUUUGAUUUUUGUAGCCACCCAGAGAGGGCCCCUCUUUCCUCUCAUUCUGCCACUGAUGUGGAACAAAAUUACUGUGCCAGUCGACGGGCAAGAAGAACAAAUCCUUCGGGAUUUAUUGCGUCAAAAGUUGUACGGAUCGUCUGAAAUUAGUCCACUUCCGUCUGGCGAAUUGAUGGACCAUUUUCUGGCCGAAUUGAUGAUCCUCAAUGAUGAAGUCACCAAUCAAAGAGAAGACGAAGCGGAAAAUGAUAACCGAAGAAGCAUGAUGGCUGACGGGCGAAGUGAAAUAUCCAAUGCCAGCGGCAAUUCUCGCCGGCCGACCAUGGAUUCUAACAUGUCGCGUGAAAGGUCCUACAUGUCGAGAGAUAUUAACUUACUCAUCGCUCCUCCAGGAGUGGGACUGGCGAUGACGAGCUCCAACGUGGCCCAGAAUUUACGACGUCAAUGGAGUGUCCGCAGCGAAAACCGAUCCAUCAUUCCUGGAGUUGGGAUGACUCAACGUCAAAUCAGCCUACAAGCCAGUACUAGUGGCGGUGGUGGUCGGGGCACUUACGAAAUUGAGGAUAAGAUCAACAUGCGACGGACAAGUUACGCAGGAGAGUCAUCGAGCCGUUCAAGUUUGCCAUCAGGAACAAAAGGAUCGUCCGAUACGCGAUUAAAUAGGCGAUCGCUUCUUGCUGGCCAUCCGUUUUCCACUACCAGUUUGGUCUCACGUUCGUCGUCUAUUUCUGAAGUGGAUUUCUGUGAACUCGAUGAAAACGAAGACGCUUUACUGCAGGAACAAAAAGCAGAUGCCGUUGCAGGUUCGACGUCGAUGGAUAAUCCAUCAACGGCGGUUGACGUGCCAACGGAAUCGUCAUCGAUGCAUCCGCGUCUACACCGCCAGAAAUUGCAGAGCAAAACCAAUCGCGGGAAAACAUUCCGAUCGAUGAAAAAUAAUAAAGCCGUGGCCAAUAUCGAGGUAUCGCAUAUCGAAGUGGAACAGGAAUUGGUGACCAUUAGUCCAUCGGUCAAGGUGAUUUCUUCCUCUUCCACUCCAACUGGGGAUGGCCAUCAACAAAACACGUUCCAGUUGCUUCUCGUACCGACUUCCAGCUGUGGACCACCAUCGACGUCUACGGCCAGUCAUUUCGCUAGUGGAGCACCGACGCGUUUGGGCAUUCACAGCCGUCGUGGACAUCUUCCCAAUCCGUCAGAAACGCGUUUAAUGACCACUGGAACAACAACGUCAAAUACGAAAGCUUCUCUGUUACACGAUGGAGUCGACUCGACUGUCAAGUCAUCGGUGGGCACAGUGUCUGUGGGCGUGGCUGUCCAAGUGUCGACUUCGUCUUACGUUCCAGCACCGAGGCCAGCAACUGCAGCAUUGAGGAGUCAACAUAAUCGACCAGUACCUCCUCCCGUUCCACCGAGGAACAUCCGUUUGACAGUCAACUAUCCUGGAAGUCAUAGCGAGUCGACGGCCAGUGGCGGAGGCAGCUCUUCGUACAAACCCAUGCAUCGGGGCGGACCGUAUCGCGAACCGCCUUUAAUGGAAGAGAGCGGCGAUUCGGCGACGGACAACAACAAUCCGAUCAAGAGCAACAAAACUUCUUCAUCUAGUGUCAACAAAUCCAAAAUGACUGCUGGACAUUAUCAACAACGUCCAGCUCCCUUGUCCAGCAGUAGCGAGGGCCCCGAUGAAGAUUCCGAAGCGGAAACGAAUAGCCGCAGUGGGAUGAUGGCCUGCGUAUCAAAUGCCAACGAUGGCACUUCCAUCGAAUCGCUGGUGAUGGAAGAGACGGCCCUUUUAUUGCCGGCCACGUUACCAACAGGUCGAUCUCUUAUGCGUAAUAUUACCGAACGUGACGAGGACACACUCAUUUAGCAACUUGAAAAGUAGGAACGACAAAUAAAAAAUUAAUAAUAACAAUUAAUAAAAUUUCAUCAAUCAACGAAUUUCCUUUUAGCCCCACCCCCUUUUUUAAAAAGGUGAAAUACCCCCCAUCCCCCCACCCAAAAAAAAAAAAAAAAACAAUUAAUAAUGGUAGACACACCAAACAUACUGUAAACUAUUUAUUAUGUAACUAUGACGUAGUCACACUUCCUCCUCCCGAUAAAAACAAAAUAUUUUCCCAAAAAACAAAACAAAAUUUCUUUGUUUUUUUUUUUUUAGAGAUCUCUUGUUAUAUUAUUAUGUCUUUAAUUUAUAUAUUGUUAGUUAAAAUACAAUGAGCAGCACGUACCGUCCGUUAUUCGCUGUGAAACACACACCACGAAUUGAAGCAUAUAUUUCUCUCGUAAUUACGUUUGAAAAACCGUAAAAUCAUCGUGUGUUUUUAUCUCUAUUUUAUUGAUGCAGUUAUCGUUAUUACAGCAAAUAUUUGUAUGUAUACCACAUCCACAACAGACACACACACACACGCAGUGAAAUAAUAAUGCUUUUGUUUAA